CUACUUCUAAAUUUAAAGCUAUUCCACUUAAUACCGUUGGGCAAAAAUUAUCGCAAAUGCUUCAUAAAAAUAUUUAACAUUUAUUAAUUUCAUAUUGAUAUACUUUAAAUGUUAAAACUUACAAUACACUUUUUUUCUACUACGUAUAUUUCACACCUAGAAAAGAGAAUUCUGGGUCGUGCAGAGAUAUUGUGAACAGUCAUCUUUUAUGAUUAGAGGAUAGUCAAACGAAAGUAACUUUAUAGCAAAAAAUAGCAUUAUGUUCAUGCAUAACAGCAAUUAAGUUCAGGAAAUUCUUUUCUAUGGAGUUGAAAAAUGAGGCUUCACGGACUAUUAUCAACUCUGAUAUUAUUUCAAAUGCAGAAUCUAACCCUACCAGUAUUAGGAACAAACUCAGGGAAACUGCUACCUCGAGAUUACCAACUGAUAUACCCUAUCAUAUCAGACGAACCUUAUAUUUCGACUGUAUACUCCAACCAGAGACACCGCCGUAGUGCUCCACAACUCAGGAACGACCUGUUUUUAAAUUUCACAGCUUUCAAUCAAACAUUCCAGCUUCAUCUUAGACGUAAUAAACAUUUCGUAGCACCUCAUUCCUAUGUCCAAUAUCGAUAUUACAAUGUAUCAUCAUCAUCUGAAAGUAUUGAUAAACAGUGUUAUUUCAAAGGGAAAGUUGCUUCAAGGAGAGGAAAAGCUGCUGUAUCCCUAUGUGAUGGUGUGAAUGGAGUUUUGCAGCUUGAAGAUGAUGACUAUAUAUUUGAGCCAGCACCCCAUCAUUUAUUGUCCACAUCUUACGGUGAUACAGAAGCAUCCCACAUUCUGUACAGAGCUUCAUCUUCAUCAGUACAAAAUCAAUACUUUGAUACAAAUUAUACUAUAGAAAAUAAUAAAAGUGAUAUUUAUUAUAAUCCAUCAAGACGAAAAGAAGCAGAAUUUGAUGAAAACCAGACAUUGCACAAUGGUAGUUAUAUAUAUUUCAACCCUGCCAGAAGGAAGCGAGCUACACCCAGAAAAUUGGUGAAGACAGUGGAAACUUUAGUGGUUGUAGAUAAACAUGUUUACUGGAAACAUGGAAGAAAUAACAUCACAACAUAUGUACUUAGUAUGUUUAAUAUUGUGUCUCAAUUGUUCCAAGAGAGUGGUAUAAGAUAUAGAGUCAAGAUUGUUGUUGUUGGUUUGGUUAUCUUGGAAAGUAAUGAGCCAGGUUUGAAUAUAAACAACAAUGCAGACAAGACAUUGAACAGUUUCUGUCAGUGGCAGGCUUUGAUAAAGAAAGGGAGACAAAAAAAACAUGACCAUGCCGUACUCCUUACAGGACUUGAUAUAUGUGCCUUCAGCGACAAACCAUGUGAUACAUUAGGGUUUGCCCCAAUUAACGGUAUGUGUGAAGAAGCUAGAAGUUGUAUUGUGACUGAGGAUAGUGGUUUAUCUACAGCCUUUACUAUAGCUCAUGAGAUAGGACACAACUUUGGUAUGAUGCAUGAUGGUACAGACAAUCCAUGUAGAUCUAAUGCUGGAACAAUAAUGUCACCCACACUCAGUUCUAGGACAGGGUUGUUCAGAUGGUCCAGAUGUAGUAAACAUUACCUUGACAGGUAUUUCAAUACCAUACAGGCAUCAUGUCUUGAGAACAGACCUCAUGGACUUGGAGAAUUACAGUUCCCAGACAGACUGCCAGGAGAACUGUUUGAUGCAGACACUCAGUGUAGAUGGCAAUUUGGAAGAAAUGCAAGACUCUGCAUAUUUGAUUUUGGAAAGAGAGAGAUUUGUCAGAAGUUAUGGUGUUAUAAAGGAGGAUUGAUGUGUGAGACAAAGUUCCUACCAGCAGCAGACGGUACUUCAUGUGGUAAUGGUAUGUGGUGUAAACAGGGUAAUUGUGAGUCAUAUGGAAGAAAAGGUCCACAGCCUAGAGAUGGAAAUUGGUCUAUUUGGGCAGAAUGGGAACAGUGCUCCAGGACCUGUGGAGGAGGGGUUAAAAAAAGGAAUAGACUCUGCAGUAAUCCUUUGCCACAGUAUGGAGGAAAGAAGUGCCUGGGGAAGUCAGAAAUAUACAAGCUUUGUAAUCUACAGGAAUGUCCAUAUGGCAGCAAAGAUUUCAGAGAAGAGCAAUGUAGCUACUUUAAUAAACAUAGAUUUAGAGGAUUUAUGUAUAAAUGGAUGCCUUAUAAAAGGAUAUAUGAUGAACAUGACCAGUGUAAGUUGUACUGUCAAGCUGAUGGAUUUAACUUCUAUUAUGCCUUGUCUAAACAAGUAGAUGAUGGGACCAGAUGUAAUGGCUACAGUGAUAAUAUCUGUGUACAAGGGAAAUGUAAGACCGUUGGUUGUGACCUGGUGGUUGAUUCUACAGCAAGAAAGGAUAUUUGUGGUAUAUGUAUGGGAGAUGAUUCUACAUGUCGUAAAGUAAACGGAAGAUUUGACAAACAGCCUCCUACAAACACUUAUUUUCCUAUAAUGGUCCUACCCAGAGGAGCUAGAACUAUACAGAUUGCUGAAGAAGCCUUGUCACGUAAUUAUCUAGCUGUCAGGGACAUAUAUGGGAAGUACUUCCUGAAUGGGAAUUGGCAUCUGAACUCUAAUGGAGCUUACUCCAUUGCUGGAGCUAAGUUUAUAUACAAGAGAAGUUAUAUAGAACCUGAAAUUCUUACAUCAGAUGGACCAUUGUUAGAAGAUGUAGUGUUAGAGAUUCUUACACAAGGCAAGAACCCAGGAGUAACUUAUCAAUAUACAUUACCAAAAACAGACGACAGACCAAGGAGAUAUAACUUUACAUGGACAGUCAAAUUAUCUACUUGUAGUGAGCAGUGUGCUGGAGGUAUACAGAAAUCUUCAGCCCACUGUUACCGUGGUGAUGGAGAAGAAGUGAACCCACAUGUGUGUGAUCAGACUUCUCGUCCUAGAACUGGUAUCUCAUCCUGUCAUACUAGACCUUGUCAGCCAGGCUGGUAUUCUGGUCCUUGGACGGAGUGCACCAGAACUUGUGGAGGUGGUAAACAGAAAAGACGUGUCUACUGUAGCCAGAAAAUAUCUCUCACUAAAGAAAGGCGAGUGAGACGUAAUCGAUGUAGUCAUCUAAAAAAACCAGCAAGAAAAAUACCAUGUAACACUCAGGAAUGUCCCCCAUCAUGGCAUGCCAAGGGAUGGUCAGAGUGUACUGUAACUUGUGGAUCUGGAAGAAAGGUUAGAGAGGUGACAUGUCUCAGUCAUACAACACGUGGAUCUGUCUUAUUACCAGAUAGUAUGUGCCAUCACCAGCCUGCUAUGGAUAAGGUAACCCGUUGUCAGAUGCCUACCUGUCCACCUAUGAUAACAUACCAAUGGAGUGUUUCUUCUUGGUCACAGUGCUCAACGACAUGUGAUUAUGGUAUUAGAAGAAGAGAACUGACAUGCAAUCGACAGAUAGAAAACAAUGAAGAAAUCCAGACGGUUAGGCCCGAGUAUUGUCAGAAUAUACCUCGACUCACUCAAAAACUGUCAGAAAGAUGUAUCAUUCAGAAGUGUGCCAAAACAAAGCCAUAUUGGUACACAUCACCUCUAUCUCAGUGUUCUGUCAGUUGUGGAAGAGGAAGUCAGACUAGACUGGUUCACUGUUUAGAUGAGCUUACUCAGGAAUUAUCUACAGGCUGUGAUUGGGCUAAGAAACCAGAUUCUCAAAACGUCUGUGUUAAACCUGGAUGUCCAAAACCAGAUCCAAGGUGCACAGACCAAUUCAAAUGGUGCUUUUUAGUCCCGAAACAUGGAAUAUGUCAUCACAGAUUUUAUGGAUCAAAAUGUUGUCGUUCAUGUCGUGGAUUCUUCACAGGAUAAUAUUUCUCCAAUAUUCAGGGAACCUCAGAUUUCAUAUUUGACACUGUUGACAAGAACUAUUAUGGAUAAGACAAAUUCAAAGGGAAAUAACUCUUGUUUGUUGGACAAAUAUUUUAUAUAUGAUUAAUUUUUUUGACAGACAAUUGAUAUGUAUGUGAUAUCUACAUUUAAUCAUUGCCAACUUUUUUUCAUCAUUUGUUACGUCUGUAUUUUCAUGUCACGUGACAAUCUUUUACAAAAUGUUUAUUAAUUUGUCAGUUUCUUUUAAAGUAACCAAAGGGUACAAACUAGCAAAUAAAUUAUGUAUUUUACAUUUAAUAUGAGUAUAUUUGAUAUUGUAUUUUAUUGAUGCUGUAUUUUUAAUUAAUCAAAAUGUCCUGUAUACAGUUUUGUAUUUAUUUAUAUUUGUUGAAAUGUUUUUUAAGGGAAUUUUUUAAUUAGCUGCAUCUGAUAUUAAAAUUACUUCUGAAUGAGAAACAAUUGUAAAUAGCUGAAUAUAUUAAUCCUAUUGUAGAGGAUCAGUGUUCUAAAAUAUGAUCACAUAUCUGUAUUACAUAUUUAGGUGUAAAAUGCUAAAAUGUUAUCUACAUUUUGCAAUUUACAUUCUGAAGACGAAUAUUGUUUACUUACAAUAGAAAACAGCAUUUUCUUAGGUUAUUCCAUUAAAUUUAAUGUUGGAGGUAUGGAACCAAGGUUUUUUUUUUGGACAUUGGUCAUGGGUCAUUUAUGUUUGUAUUUCUACUUGAUGUUUGUAAAAUUACUAAUAAAAAUUAAGGUAUUUCGGUUAGAAGUAAGGGAUUGAAAGUCCCGUCCUACCUUCCCACCUCUGUAAUAGAAUAGUCCUGAUAGCAAUUUACCUUGUGUAAUCCUGAAAUUUAUUCAACAGAACAUUAAAACUGUGGGAAUAAGUAAAUGGAUAAGAAUAAUGUUAUGGGAACAAAACUAGAAAAUUAGAGCUUGAUGAAAUAAGUCAACACAUUAAUUUUACAUUGUUUAUUAAUAUUAUAUCAUAUUAAUGUCAGAUGUACAGUUUCUAUUGUUAUUUUAAAAAAUAUAUUUAUGUAGAAUGUCAUAUAUGCAUUUGUUAUAUCAUGUGAAGCAAAAUUGUGAAUUUAAUUGUCAUUUGUCCUGGAGUUUAAAGUUGGACAAGGUCUCUCAUAUCCAUUGGUUAGUAAGUUGACGCCGGUCAAGUAUUUCUUUCUUUAGUAUAGAGACUUAGUUGUUUCAUUAUCUUUCAUGUGGACUGGUACUUUUUCCUAUUUGUAGGUGGUUCUUUAUAUAUAUUCAAAAACUGUGGUUUCAUUAUUAUUCGUGUGAUACCAAUUUUCUUGGAUAUCGUUGAUAUAGGAAAACCACGAAUUUAAAUGUUCAACAAAGUAGAAAUUUACUUUAAGCUUGAAUGCAGACUUUGGCAAAACCAUGAAAUUAAAUAUCCACGAAAAUAUGGUUUUUCCUCAAUCAACAAAAAUUGGUACCCAUGAAAAUAAAAGAAUGCACAGUAGUACCUUAUAUAAAAAUUCCAGAAUGCAAGGUAUUGUGGAAGGGUUUAAGUACUGGGUACCGCCUUUUAUUCAAAGGCGAGUAAACAUGGUUGCAUGGGUAUUCCUUACAUACAAUCGCAGCAGUGUCAUGAGCAUUUCAUACUUUUUCAUCCAAAUGUAUUGGAUUUAUCUCAACUGUUCUUUUUCAAAUUAAUCAAGGGAGACAAUUUAUAAAUGAUCCAGUGCAUCAAAAUCUGUCAGUUUGUAAAUGUAUGUAUCCCAUCAAAGUUUAUGAAGUUUAUGAAGUUUGUUCUUUUAUAAAUUUCAUUCAUAAAUAUGCAUUACACCAAGAUGUCAUUAAAUGUACUUGGAUACCCUGCAUUUAUCAUGCUUUUCAAAAACAUAGGGUCAACCGCUGAAAGAUCCCCCCCCCUCCACCCUUCCUAAAUUUUGAAAACUAUUAUUCUGCAUUGACAAAAAUAUCUAACGCCCCCCAAGGUGUAUCUAAUAGCUCACACCCUUGAUAUUCAUAUUCCAAGCUUUAAGCUUAAUUUUACUAGGUGUGCUUUCUUUAUGUUAUUGAUUUAGAGCUGUUCCAAAUUUUAUCCAAAGGGAAAAGGGGGGGGGGGGGAUUGGAACACUCAAAAUAUAGGUGGUUGCAUUUUCCAUAGAAUUUUGUAAAAAUUAUAAGUCAAAUAGAUAUUUUGUUGUAUAGGUGGUUGGGGUCUUAAAAAAUGUUAUAUUUUGUACUGGAACAGCCAUUAGGUAAGACCACUAGUUUUCUCAUGAACUUUUCAUAUUUAUCAGGAGCUAUAUAUAACACACAGUCAUUUUUGGUUCUUUGGCAAUCCUAUCAGGUCUAUUAUUUCUACUCAAGUUUGACAGUUGUCUCUUUAUUAGAAGGCCCAUAAAUUGAAAAGUCUAAUCUGUCAAGAAAUGCAUUGCAUUUUUUCAGCUGAUGUAUGGGAGACAACUCAUGUUCACAUAGUCUUGUGCAAUUGCAAGUUUUUAAUUUUAAGAUUUUUUUCAGGAUCAUAGUAAUAUAUAUGUGUUUUAUACAAUUAAGUAUUUUAUAUAAAAAUUGUCAUUAAUAAACAUUUGAUACAGCUUU